AAAAAUAAUUUAUUUUUGAUACUUGAUAGAAGUUCCAAUUCCUAAAUUUUUAUGUAUCAGUAUUUUAUACUUUUCACAUUUCCAAUGCAUUCUUUCUAAUAUUUGCUAUUCUUGGUUUAACAUUUAUGAAUAAUAUAUUGAUAUUUUUGAAUUCAUAAUCUAGCAGUUGGUCGUUCGUGGACUACUAUCGCGAAUAAUUCUGAAUGUUGGUUCGUGCUAGAAAUUCAAGUCCCACCAGUGGGUUAUAUGGGGAACAAUGUGUUAAGUCAAAUAGAAAUGUAUUGUUUAAUUUGUUACGGUGAAAUUACACGACCACUCUAGUUACGUUUUACGUAUAUUACGUGAAUGUAAUGGAGACUGAGAACAUUAGGAUAAAUUAAUUGGAAAUUCUAAAUUGAAUUGAAAAACUAAUAUAUUGUAAGUCUUGUUGCUUUAAAUUUUAAAUUGUUAGGUGUUUUGCUGUCGAAGCAUUUUAAUUUUUAUUGUUUGUUAUUCUAUUUUAUGUUGUAAUAUCUUUCUAAAUGUAGGUCGACGGUAAAUUACCGAGAUAUGCCUGGAAAAUACUUCGAUAAACAAAGGAAAGCAUUAAGGUUUUAUCAAAAGUCAUAAGAUAAGAAUGCUAACAACUAAUUGAAUGUGCAUUGCUGUCAUCCUAAAUGGCAUUAGAGGAGAAGCAGAAGUUCUCAAAACCUUAAUUUUGACGAUAUCAAUAUAAAAGAGAUUUCAAAAAAAAAAAAUUAAUAUAAUUUUAAAUUGUGACAUUUCAUAAAAUUUAAUAUAUAAGUAAUGAGGGCACCCUUUGAUGGGGUGGUGACUGGGGUGAUUCUGAACAAGUUUUUCCUUUACCAAAAUGCUCAAUAAGGCUUAGUUUUUGAAUUAUUAAUGAAAAACAUGGAGUAAUUAAAGCGCGCACAGUGCGCAUGCUCGGCCGUAGCAGUGUAGGGUACGAACCGACGCGACGUGCUGAGUAGUUUGUUCGCGACCUUCGUCGAGUGUGGUUCUCGUAGCCAACUCUUUCGCGAUUGAGCAUGCGCUCUGCACGUGUUCUGUUUAGUCAAUGUUUUUCAUUAAUAAUUUAAAAACUAAGCUUUAAUGAGUAUUGUGGUAAAGGAAAAAGUGGUUUACAAUCAUCUUGGUUACCAUCCCUUCAAAGGAUGCCAACCCGUAGUCGAAAUCCUGUAUGUGGGGCCUUCUCCCCACCAUUGUCAUUCUCCUUGAAAACUGUACACUACUGCGAAGUACAAUUGUAAGUACUCAGAAUAAGGUUAGUUUAUUUUCCAAUUCAAAUUGCGUAGGAAUUCCAUGUAGUAGUAAUCCUAUUAGUUCGAAUAUUCGGUAAAUGUCUACAAUUAGAGCCCCAACGAGAAAUCAAUUGAAAAGAGAUAAAUUCUAUAUAUUUUUGCCCCCUGAAUCCCAAACUGUUGAUAAAAUUUGGGGGUCGCUUGUAUUUUUUAAGAUACAUCGUUAGGUUAUCAGAAAAAAUAUAACUUACCUCACAGCAAAAACUUGACCGGUCAACAAUAGUCUCCUUGCUCAGUUCUAAUUCCUGUUCAUAGAGUGCACAGCGCGGAGGAUGCGUCAUGAGAAAAUAUCCAAUAAAGCGGGCAAUCGUCGUGAUAUCAAGAUUAGAAUUGGCUAACCACGUACCGCUUUUAACACUUCGUUUAAAUUCAUACUUUGAAGUUAUUCUUUUCAAGGAGACUAUUGUUGGCUGGUCAAGCUUUUGCCGUGUGGUGACAGUUUUCGAGAUGGAGGAAGAAAAACACCGUCACGCUGUUGGCCACUUCUCGAUGACGUUUGGACAGCUAGAAGCUACGCAACAGCUGGUCCAAUUGCGGAAACAUGAUCCGUGACUAUCUGGUGCUACUUUCGUGGCUAUGCGCUGUACAAGGAAAAAUAGGCUAUUUCUGGCACAUCACCGACAUCCACUAUGACCCGAGGUAUUCCACCCAGGGAAACGCAGGCAGCAUGUUCUGGAACACGAGGAGCGUCGACGGCGGCUGGAUGCCCUCCGACCGGAAGACGGUCGGUAAAUUCGGCGAUUAUGGUUGUGAUUCGCCAUGGUCCUUGAUCGAAUCAGCCAUGAGGGCGAUGAGAACUCAUCACGGGGAGGGAAUCGAGUUCGUCCUUUGGACUGGGGACGCGUUGACCCGGACCUUCGAUAUGAGCGCCGAGUUACGUCUACAGUGUUUGCGGAAUUUGACCGAUCUGUUGUCCCGCACGUUUAAGGAACAAUUUGUGUUCCCAGCACUCGGGCACGAGGACAUAGGGGUGAGCUUCUCUCAACUGGCCGAGCUGUGGCAGCAAUGGCUGCCCCAGGAGGCUCUGGACACGUUUCGAACCGCCGGAUAUUACACGAUAGAGCAGCGCUCGGAAAAGUAUCGAAUCAUCUUCUUGAACACAAAUUUGUGGCUGAAUAUGCAUCGUACCGGAAGCAACACGAUCGAUCAGCAGGAUCCUUUCGAACAAUGGUCCUGGUUCCAGUUGACCCUUGAGAACGCUCGGAAGAAAAAGGAGACGGUAUACAUCGUGGGUCAUACACCACCUGGGGUGGCCGAUCGCGAGAAUGGUGCCGCAGCUUUCAGUGAAAGGCACAACACCAGAUAUCUUCGAUUGAUCCGUCUCUAUUCGGACAUCAUUCGUGGUCAAUUCUUUGGUCAUUGGCAUUCUGACACAUUUCGUGUGGUUUACAGCGAUACUGGUCUGCCAGUAUCUUGGAUAAUGAUGGCGCCAAGUAUAUCGCCUCGCACCACUGGAGGACCCAAUAAUCCAGGUUUGAGAUUGUACAAGUUCGAAACUAAUACCGGUCAGGUGUUGGAUUAUACGCAGUACUAUCUUAAUCUGCCGGAAGCGAAUUCAAAAGGGGAGGCGAACUGGUUGGUCGAAUACUCUAUGCUCGAGUACUACGAUCUUCAGGAAAUAACGGCGAUCACUCUUCACGACUUGGCCGACCGAUUCACGCAAUCCGAUGAUUACGCUUUCGUCAGAUAUUACGCUGCCAAUACAGUCUCACUGCCUCGAGAAGUAGAACAGAUUUGGGGUUGCGGAGGUUCAUUGAAUGGAGCCUGUGUCCUUCAUCAUUAUUGUACCGUCACCCGGCUGAACAUCGAAUCCUACAACGAGUGUUACUCGUCCUACGCUUAUGCGCUCGCCUCUACUGGUCCAGCCGCAGCUCGAUUAUCGUUAAACCUGCUUCUGCUGCUGGUCUGCGUGGAAUUGCUGAGGAAUCGGUAGGUUGGGACUUGUUGGUCGACGCGAAGCACAGCUGCGAAACGAACGAGCAUAACGCAGCUCUUGCCGCGCCAUCGUUGACGGUACUCGCGCGUACACGAACCACGCGAGCGAGCUUGAAAUCGUUGAAAGAUCGCGACCGACACCCGUGUGUCCGCAUGGCAGAGCGUAGGAGAACAAUCUUAACUUCGUCUCUGUAUCUGUCCUAUUUGUCCACGCGUCUUCUUCUCUCUGUCGUUAACGCGCGAAAUGAACAGAUCCGCUCGUUAAACGAGCGCGACGAUUAACCGCGCCGCGGAAUUUCACGGUCCCGAGCACGAUUGACUUUCGCUCGGGGCUGUUGGCGGAGUUCGUCCCACCGCAAACAGAGGACUGGCUAACGCCAUCGCGAAACGAGAGGGAGAUCUCGAAGCUUUCAUGAUUCGGUUUGUCGUACACUGUUUCAAAGUUUCUGACUGUAAUUCCUGUACAGGUGGAGAUCUUUCCUACACUACUGAUGAAAUUCUUGGAAAAAUUUCUUUUCGAGUACCGUUUAUACCCGGGAGUCUCGGGCAGUGGUAAAUGGAACAGUGUUGCGCGAAAGGGAGAUCGGUUUAACCAAACACAAAAGUAAGAAAAAGUCCUUGAUGUUGUACUUGCUUCUCUUAAGCGUUCGGUGUACGUUGUUUUUAACACGAGAAGAAUAUUUAUAACGCGUUUUACGCGUCUAGAUCGGUACACGAGUAACGACGCAAUGAAAAAAAAAAAAAAAAAAUAAAAGGCAAAAGUGAACUCGCGAUCUACGAUCGAUCCCGUGAACCGAAAAUACACUUCGGUGAGCGUCGCGCGGCUUCGAUCCAUCGUCGACGACUGCGUCGAAGCGUUUCAUAGCUUGAAGAGCCAUUAUAUUCGUACCAUCAUCAUUUCGCGAUUGUCGGAACAAUACAGUAUUUCUUAAUAAACGAGUCAUGGAUUUGUA